GCAUUCCUCAGCUGCAGACGACUUCGUCCGCGUGCUCUCUUAGCUUUAUACCCCUCGCUUGAACUGCAGAGCCUUUACGAAUACAACUACUCCCUCGCCAUACACACCGCCAUACCCCCUCGUACACAACUCAGCAUGGCUUCAGAGACGUUCGAGUUUCAGGCCGAGAUCUCUCAGCUUCUUGGCCUCAUCAUCAACACUGUCUACUCCAACAAAGAGAUCUUCCUACGGGAAAUCAUCUCCAACGCUUCCGAUGCGCUCGACAAGAUUCGAUAUGAGUCCCUGUCAGAUCCAAGCAAGCUCGACACGGGCAAGGACCUCCGCAUCGACAUCAUCCCCGACAAGGAGGCGAAGACUCUGACGAUCCGUGACACCGGUAUCGGCAUGACAAAGGCGGAUCUCAUCAACAACCUUGGCACCAUUGCCCGCUCGGGCACGAAGCAAUUCAUGGAGGCUCUAUCCGCUGGUGCGGACAUCUCCAUGAUCGGACAAUUCGGUGUUGGCUUCUACUCUGCCUACCUCGUUGCCGACCGUGUUACCGUCGUCUCGAAGAACAACGACGACGAGCAGUACAUCUGGGAGUCGAGCGCUGGCGGUACCUUUAAGAUCAUCGAGGAUACUGAGGGUGAGCAACUUGGCCGAGGCACCAAGAUCAUUCUGCACCUCAAGGAUGAGCAGAUGGACUAUCUGAACGAGAGCAAGAUCAAGGAGGUUGUGAAGAAGCACUCCGAGUUCAUCUCCUAUCCCAUCUAUCUCCACGUCCGCAAGGAGACUGAGAAGGAGGUGGAGGAAGAAGAGGCUGAGACUACCGAGGAGGGUGAGGAGAAGAAACCCAAGGUAGAGGAGGUUGAUGAUGAGGAGGAAGAGAAGAAGAAAAAGACCAAGAAGGUCAAGGAGACCAAGAUUGAGGAGGAGGAGUUGAACAAGACCAAGCCGAUCUGGACCCGGAAUCCUCAAGACAUCAGCCAGGAGGAGUAUGCCGCAUUCUACAAGUCUCUGUCGAAUGACUGGGAAGAUCAUCUUGCCGUCAAGCACUUCUCCGUUGAGGGUCAGCUGGAGUUCCGUGCCAUCCUCUUCGUUCCCAAGCGCGCGCCUUUCGACUUGUUUGAGAGCAAGAAGACCAAGAACAACAUCAAGCUUUACGUCCGCCGUGUCUUCAUCACCGACGAUGCCACCGAUCUCAUUCCCGAGUGGCUCGGCUUCAUUAAGGGCGUAGUCGACUCCGAGGAUCUUCCUCUCAACCUGUCCCGUGAAACUCUCCAGCAGAACAAGAUCAUGAAGGUCAUCCGCAAGAAUAUCGUCAAGAAGACCCUCGAGCUUUUCAAUGAGAUUGCUGAGGAUCGCGAGCAGUUCGACAAGUUCUACACUGCCUUCAGCAAGAACAUCAAGCUUGGUAUCCACGAAGACUCUCAAAACCGUCAGGCUUUGGCCAAGCUCCUGCGGUUCAACUCGACCAAGUCAGGCGACGAGACCACUUCGCUCACUGACUACGUCACCCGCAUGCCCGAGCACCAGAAGCAGAUGUACUACAUCACCGGCGAGUCUCUCAAGGCCGUUCAGAAGUCUCCUUUCCUGGAUGCUUUGAAGGACAAGGGCUUCGAGGUUCUCUUCCUUGUCGACCCCAUUGACGAGUAUGCCAUGACGCAGCUGAAGGAGUUUGAUGGCAAGAAGCUCGUUGACAUCACCAAGGAUUUCGAGCUUGAGGAGUCGGAGGAGGAGAAGAAGAAGCGCGAGGAGGAGGAGAAGGAGUUUGAGGGCCUUGCCAAGAGCCUCAAGAACGUCCUGGGUGAUCGGGUGGAGAAGGUCGUCGUCAGCCACAAGCUUACUGGCUCACCAUGUGCUAUUCGCACCGGCCAGUUCGGUUGGUCCGCCAACAUGGAGCGCAUCAUGAAAGCUCAAGCCCUCCGCGACACCUCCAUGAGCUCGUACAUGUCUUCCAAGAAGACUUUCGAGAUCUCGCCGAAGUCGCCCAUCAUCAAGGAGCUCAAGCGCAAGGUUGAGGCCGAUGGCGAGGACGACCGCACUGUCAAGUCCAUCACUCUUCUGCUCUUCGAGACCUCUCUUCUCGUAUCCGGCUUCACCAUUGACGAGCCCGUGCAGUAUGCGGAGCGCAUCCACAAGCUCGUCUCGCUGGGUUUGAACGUGGACGAAGAGGUCGAGACUCAGCAGGAGGCCAAGGCCGAGGAGACACCUGCUGCCGCUGAGACUGGCGAGAGCGCCAUGGAGGAAGUGGAUUAGAUGGCUCUCUACGACUUGGCGGCGCUCUGGUCUCGCUCUCAUGUGUCAUGUCAUUUUCCUUUUUGCCUUGGUCCUUGUGUGACGGGUUUCUCAUGGCCGGCGUCUAAAAGAGUGGUGAUGGGGUGAAUGAUUCCAUGGAUCCCAAAGGGGCAUGCAUGUACUUUCUGUGGAUAUGACACUGGGCUUGAGUUAUUCAGUAUGAAGUAAUGCAUUUUUGACUUCACAUCAAUGUUCUCGAUUUGUUGGUUGUGGUGAGACUAUAUGUAAAGUGUGAAUAAAUCGCUUAUACAAUUUUGAG